AUGUUCGCAUUAUUUUCAGGAUUAAUAGGUACAGCCUUUUCAGUGUUAAUAAGAUUAGAAUUAUCUGGACCUGGAGUACAAUAUAUUUCAGAUAACCAAUUAUAUAAUGCAAUAAUAACAGCUCAUGCUAUAAUGAUGAUUUUCUUUAUGGUUAUGCCAGCUUUAAUAGGAGGUUUUGGUAAUUUCUUAUUACCAUUAUUAAAAAUGGAGCAGGAACAGGAUGAACAUUAUACCCACCAUUAUCAGGUAUACAAUCUCACAGUGGACCUAGUGUUGAUUUAG